UUAGUGGUGAUGAUCAUUACCAUAUCAACCACAUGGCCAUCGAUCAGAGGAGAACAGCCACUAUACUACUGAACACUGACUAUGGCUCUCCAAGACGAGACUAACCCCAGCCUGUAUCGUCUCCUGGACGCCCCUCCCACUCCCGACCCAUACUACACAGAUGACUACACUGCUCAGCACAAGGGAUCCCGAAAAACCAUCGUUAUUGACAACGGCAGCUGGCAGUGUCGGGCAGGAUGGGCCGAUGAGGAAGAACCUCGACUGGUGUUCAGAAAUGUCAUCGCUAGAACAAGAGGGAAGAAGGGUGAAGCUGACACCACACUGAUAGGCAAUGACAUCACUAACGUUGAGGCCAUGAGGUCCACUCUCCGCAGCCAGUUUGAUCACAACCUAGUGACCAACUUCACCCUUCAAGAGCAGAUCUUCGACUAUUGCUUCAGCCAUCUUGGACUGUCUGGAGAGAGGAAGAUCAACCAUCCAGUGUUGAUCACAGAACCUCUCUGUAACCCAGCCUACUGUAGGAGUCACAUGACAGAGUUGCUCUUUGAGGGCUAUGGUGUACCUGCCGUUACGUACGGGGUGGAUGCUCUAUUUAGUGCCCACCACAACCUGGGUGUGGUCGAGGACGCUAUGAUAGUGAGUGUGGGUCACCAGACGGUCCACCUCCUCCCAGUACUAGCAGGACACCCAGAUCUAGCACAUUGUAAGAGAGUGAAUGUGGGGGGUCUCCACACGGCCAGCUACCUCCAUCGUCUCCUAGCACUCAAGUACCCGGCCCUACAGACUCACAUCACUCUGUCUCGUGUACAGGAGGUGCUCUCUCAGCAUUGCUCUGUAUCCCUCGAUUACCCGGGGGACCUGCGGACUUGGGCAGCCGGGAAAUGUCAGGAUGGGUACAAGGUUAUACAGCUGCCUUUCAGUCAGGUAAAUGUUCCCUCGGCCAUGGACAGUGUUGCUAAGCAACAGCGGGACGUACAGAGGCGCCAAAGAGCGAGAGAGCAAUUGCUACGAGUCAAUCAGAGAAAAAAAGAGGAGAAAAUUGCCGAACAGACGUCUAGGCUUACAGCGCUGACUCAGCAGCUUGAAGCACAAUCGACCUUUGACCCCGAGGAGUACCAAUUAAUGUUGGAAGAUAUUGGGUUCACUACAGUCGAGGAAUUACGUAAAGAAGUGGCCAGUGUGCGAGGGAGUGUGGAGGCAGAGCAAGAGAAACUAGCCAGUGUUGUCAAGAGCCUGUCAGGUGGUGGGGGCGUGGCAGGUGGGGGUGUGGCCAGUGGAGGUGUAGAGGAGGAGGAGGAGGUCUCAGAGGAAUGGCUGGACAGCCUCAGAGAGAGGAAGAAGGAGUUGCUGGAUACUCGUCGAGUAAGGCAACUGAAGAAGCAAGAUCUUGGCAAGCGUCGCAGUGCUGCCUCUCAGAAGAGAAUGAGAAUCAUCUCUCUACUGGGAGCAGAGGAGAGUAACAAAAAGAAGUCAAAGCAACAGAAGGUGGGAGAGGACACCUUCGGAAUGGACGACGAUGAUUGGAAUGUCUACAGGACAAUUAGCAAGGAUGCUGAUGAAAGCACUGAGGAGAGGGAAGAUACUGAACUACAAGAGAUUGGUAAAGUGCUAGAGAAGCACGAUCCCUCCACUGUAGGGCUAAAGGGUGGUCUGGUACGCCCUGUGAUGGACGUGGCUAGUUACUACCAGCUGGCUCUGGGUGUAGAGAGAUUGAGAGCGCCUGAGGUGUUAUUCCAGCCAUCUAUUUUGGGCAUUGAUCAGAGUGGACUGUCUGACUGUCUCGAGUAUAUGUUGAACUACUACCCUCAAGACCUCCAGCAGAGACUAGCCCAGAAUGUGUUUGUGACUGGAGGGGCUGCCCAGUUCCACAACUUUGACUCUCGAGUGGAGGCUGACCUUUGCUCUGUCCGGCCGUUUCAGUCACACCUCCGAGUGGUCUCAGCCGGAGACAAAUUGUUGGACGCAUGGAGGGGCGGGGCCUCCUGGUCAUGUGACCCUCGUAACAAGGGCAGCUUUGUGAGUCGAGAGGAGUACUUGGAAAAGGGUGCAGAACACUUCAAAGAACACUCAUAUUCAAACAUUAAAACUCUAGUAUAGGUAGUACUUGAUUGUACAGCUAUAAUUAUUAUUAUGUUACGUUUCAUAAUAAUUAUUAAUCAUGUGUUUGCUGUUUUAAAUAAUUAUUUUAUAGACAUUUUCAUGAUGAUAAGAA